CUAAGAGAGGUUCCAACCUUUUGCUUGUGUUCUUUGACAGUGGAAUGAUGAUAUACGUGCUCGUUGCUGAGUUUGAGUUUGAUCACAUCCAACAAAUGAAUUGGCAACAAGCAGUGCUCUGCUGAGGAUCUAUGUACGUGACAAGGAAGUAAUCUUUGCUGUAGUGACUGGCUUUAAUGCUGGAACGCUGCUAGACUAGCUGGACAUCUUGUUCAAGUUUUUACAAUGCCAUGGAUUUGUUAUGCGGAAUUGGCCAUGAACUUAACAGUGACUUUGAUGAGGGACCAUACGCCAAAUCUACAAACCCAGCAAAAGCUUCUGAAGGCACUUUGGCAGUUAGAAGACAAAGUAUCCCUGAGGAACUCAAAGGUCAAACUGUAGUUGAGUUGAUGAAAAAAGAAGGUAGCACCCUGGGGCUCACAGUCUCAGGUGGAAUAGACAAGGAAGGGAAACCAAGAGUAUCCAAUCUUCGACCAGGAGGAAUUGCUGCAAGAAGUGAUCAGUUAAAUAUUGGAGACUACAUCAAAUCAGUCAAUGGAAUCAAUCUAACGAAAUUCAGACAUGACGAAAUCAUCAGUCUCCUGAAGAAUGUGGGUGAGAGAGUGGUCCUUGAGGUGGAAUAUGAACUCCCUCCUGUUUCUGUUCAAGGCUCAGGUAUUAUUCUCAAAACAGUGGAAGUGACUUUGCACAAAGAAGGCAAUACCUUUGGCUUUGUGAUUAGAGGAGGAACUCAUGAAGACAGAAAUAGAUCUCGCCCGAUUGUAAUAACCUAUGUAAGAGCGGGGGGACCAGCUGACAGAGAAGGCACAAUAAAGGUUGGCGACAGGCUGUUGAGUGUUGAUGGAAUUCGGUUACAUGGAACAACGCAUACAGAAGCUAUGAGCAUUCUCAAACAGUGUGGGCAGGAGGCAACAUUAAUAAUCGAAUAUGAUGUGUCUGUCAUGGAUUCAGUAGCGAAUGCUUCUGGCCCACUGAUGGUGGAGGUGGCCAAGACCCCUGGUUCAAGCUUGGGCAUUGCUUUAACUACCUCACUGUAUUGUAACAAGCAAGUCAUAGUCAUAGACAAAAUAAAGGCUGCCAGUAUUGCAGAUAGAUGUGGAGCUUUGCAUGUUGGAGAUCACAUACUUUCAAUUGAUGGCACCAGCAUGGAGUAUUGCACAUUAGCCGAGGCAACUCAACUUUUAGCCAGUACCUCUGAACACGUCAAACUAGAGCUGCUUCCUUACCACCAAACACGGCUUGCUUUGAAGGGACCAGAACAUGUCAGGGUUCAAAGGAGCAGCAGACAACUUGCCUGGGAUACUUGUGGAAGCAACAGCAGCAACUUCCUCACCAACCAACCCUAUAACACCUACCACCCUGACCAUUGUAGGAUGACGGCCUUGAAAUGCCAGAAACCUUCUCCUCAAAACAAUCUUCCUGCUUUGGUGUCAACGUCAUUCUCUCCUACGUCCAUGAGUGCAUAUAGCCUGAGUUCCCUGAAUAUGGGGACCCUACCUCGCAAUCUGUAUCCAACAAGCCCUCGAGGAACAUUGAUGAGAAGAAAAAUGAAAAAGAAAGACUACAAGAGCUCUUUGUCUUUAGCCUCCAGUACGGUUGGUCCCGCAGGCCAGAUUGUCCACACCGAGACAGCAGAAGUCGUGCUAACCAGUGACCCAAUCGUAGGGUUUGGAAUUCAGCUCCAGGGUGGAGUCUUUGCCACAGAGACCUUGUCUUCUCCACCACUGAUUGCAUACAUUGAACCUGACAGCCCAGCAGAAAGGUGUGGAAUGCUGCAGGUUGGAGACAGAAUUCUGACGAUCAAUGGAAUCCUUACUGAAGAAAGCACCCUGGAGGAAACUAACCAGCUCCUUCGCGAUUGUGCCACCACCAGCAAAGUCACCCUCGAAGUAGAGUUCGAUGUUGCAGAAUCAGUUGUACCAAGCAGUGGCACAUUUCAUGUGAAGCUACCAAAGAGGAGCGGUGUGGAGCUCGGCAUCACCAUCAGCUCACCUGCAAGCAGAAAACCAGGAGACCCACUCAUUAUUUCUGACAUUAAAAAAGGAAGUGUUGCACACAGAACUGGAACAUUGGAACUGGGGGACAAGCUGCUUGCCAUAGACAGCAUCCGUUUGGAUAACUGCUCCAUGGAAGAUGCAGUUCAGAUCCUUCACCAGUGCGAGGAACUUGUGAAACUAAAGAUACGCAAAGAUGAAGACAACUCAGAUGAACAAGAGAGCUCUGGGGCAAUUAUUUACACUGUGGAGUUAAAACGUUAUGGUGGUCCAUUAGGAAUUACUAUAUCCGGCACUGAAGAGCCUUUUGAUCCAAUCGUCAUCUCAAGUCUAACAAAAGGCGGUUUGGCUGAAAGGACUGGUGCCAUCCAUAUUGGAGACAGAAUCUUGGCUAUAAACAGCAGCAGCCUGAAGGGUAAACCGUUAAGUGAGGCCAUUCAUCUCUUACAGAUGGCAGGAGAGACUGUCACACUAAAGAUUAAAAAACAACUCGAUAUGUCCAGCCCUAAAAAGUCAUCUGUCUCUGGCCAGCUGAGUGAAUUGAGCGAUGCAGAAGAUGAGAUUCCCACCGUACAAAAGCCAGUCAAGUUUUGUGAGGUGUACUCUACUACUAUUCCCAGUGUGGAUAGCGCAGUGGAAUCCUGGGAUGGGUCAGGCAUAGACACAGGCUAUGGAAGUCAAGGUCCUUCUGGAUAUCAAGCCUCUGGCUACAGCCUUCACGCACAUGAAUGGAGAAGUGCCAAACUAAGUUUUUCACCUGCCAGCAGGCAUAAUAAUAACCCAUAUCAUGAAGUAGCAUUGAGUGACGAUGAAUGGGAUAGACCCACCACUAGUGGUUAUGUAGGUGGUCAUGAUGGAUUAGAAGCAGAUCAGGAAGAAAGUUUCUGGUCCCAGGCGCUAGAAGAUUUGGAAACCUGUGGUCAGUCAGGAAUUCUGAGAGAAUUGGAGGCAACAAUCAUGUCUGGGAGUGCAAUGAGUCUAAAUCAUGAAAACAGCCUGGGUCAGAGGCCGCUAGGAAGACAGUCAAGCUUCCAAGAGAGAAAUCCUGUCAGAGCACAUUACACCCAGACUUCCCGCAGCAACACUUUACCAUCAGAUGGUGGGAGAUCAAAGUUGUUUGCUAUUAGAAAAAUAAAGCAAGAAAUGAAAGAAAUCAUGUCACCAACACCAGUGGAGUUGCACAAGGUAACACUAUACAAAGAUUCAGAUAUUGAAGAUUUUGGAUUCAGUGUUUCGGAUGGCCUAUUGGAGAAAGGUGUGUAUGUCAACAACAUUCGCCCAAAUGGACCAGCUGCCCUUGGUGGUGUCAAGCCCUAUGACAGGUUGUUACAGGUGAAUCACAUCCGUACCAGAGACUUUGACUGCUGCCUGGUGGUGCCUCUAAUUGCAGAUUCUGGCAAUAAACUUGAACUGGUCAUCAGCAGAAACCCUCUGGCCUUUCAGGAGGUGCUCUCUGUAGAUCCAACAUCACAAGCAGGAGAAUGGAGUGAGCAAGACGACGCUCAUGUUUUUAGGCAACAGAAAGGAAGACUUGGUAGUACAGACAUACAGGAAAACACAAACACAUUGUAGUGCAAGGUAUUCAGUCCAAUAGACUGAAGUAUUGUGGAUUUUCAAUGGUGCUAAUUCACUUUAAUAUUCAUUUGUGGAACACUCACCUUUUCAGUCAUUCAUUCACGUGUCUCACAGGUUCCAAGCACACACAUUUCAUAAAUCAGCAAAAACCAAUCUUUUUGAUAAGACCCCCUCCCCUCACCACAAAUGACAAAACUGUGAAACAUAACUAAGCCAGUCUAUGCAGGGCACAGCCAUGAAACAAAACCUGUGCAUUACUAUG